AUGAGUGUUGAAGAAGAUACUCAAUUAGAUCAAACUGGGUCCACUCAAGAAAUUCAUCGUGAAAAGACAAUAGACGAACUACAAGAAUAUGAAGAAAAAGAAGAAGAAAGUUAUUACAAUUCAAGUUUAUUCCAAAAUAAAAUUGAUCCCAAAGAAACCCAACUAAUCAACAAUAAGAACGGGCAAAAUUAUGAAAAUUUACAGAAUUUAGAACAAGAUGAAAAAAAUCAUUCACAUAAUGUUUAUUCUCAAGAUACUCAAAUUUUACAAAAUCAAAAUCAAGAUCAAAAUAUAAUAAAUUUGAAUUCUCAAGAAUCUAUUUCAAUGGAAAUUGUAGAUAAUUCAUCAACUCAAAAUCUCAAUCACAAGGUCAAUGAUUUGAAUUAUUUACAAGAAAAUGAAGUUGAAGUGGAUUUAGAUGAAUUUAAUAAUAAUUCAUAUUUAAAUAAAACAACUCAACAAACUCAACCUACUCAACAAUUACAACCAACACAACCUAAUCAACAAUUACAACCGACCCAAGCAGAUUACCCACUUAAUUUAUCAUCAUUAUCACCUAAAUUAGAUGCAUCAUCACCUAAAAAAAGAAAUAUUCCAAUAAUAACUACAAGACAUUAUUCAAAUUUACCAGAUACUCAAAUUAUUGAAAAUAAUAAUUUAGUAUCUACAAAACUAAAUUAUCAUUCAUUACCUGAUACUCAGAUUAUACUACCAUCCAAUAAGAAGAGAAUCGAAUUAUCAGAUACUCAGAUUAUACCAAAAGGACCUUUUUCAAAACAAUGCCAAAUAAAUAAUGAACUCCAAUCAAUCAAAGAUCAUAAAGACAAUAGUUUAAAUAAUGAAAUUUCAAAUGUAAAUGAUACAAUAGAAGAUAUAGAUGAUACAACCAAUCAAUCAGACAAAAAAUCAGACAAAAAAUCACAACCAACAAAUUCAAUUCAUGAAUUACCACCUACACAAAUGGAUUUACCAGAUACUCAAAUCAUAAACAAUAAAUCACCUAAAAAUUCACCAACUUUGAAAAAUUUAUCAAUAUCAGAAAAUAUAAAUCCAUUUUUAGAUUCAACAAAUAAACAAACAACUCCAAAGAAUGAUUUAUUUGAUUUUAAAAAUUUACAUUCUCAUAGACAAGUUAUAAAUACUCAAGAAGAACCGGAUACUUCAUUAUUUCAAAAUAAAACAAAGGGAACGAUUGAAGUUCAAACUGAUGAUGAAAAAGAUAUAAGUCACGAAAUUGAUGAAGAAGAUGAGAAAGAAGAAGUAGACGAAGAAGAAGAAGAAGGAGAAGAAACAGAAAUACCAAUAAAUACAGAAAUGAGAGAUCAUUAUGAAGAUAGUAUAAUUACUUAUAAAAAGAGAAUAUUAUCAUAUAGUCCAUUCAAAUUGAAAAGAUCUAAAACAUCAAAUGAAAAAGAUGAAGAAUUAAAUUAUAAUAAUACAACAAAGAUAAAACUGUUUUUUAAUAGACCUGAAUUAUUAAAAACUCCAGGUACUCAAAUUAGAAAUUAUUCUGAACCUUUAAUUUUUGCAUCUCCAUUUGAUAAUUUUCAAUCUUCUUCUUCACCAAGCAAAAAAAUUGAAAAAUUAAAUAAUGAUAAUGUUAGUGUUGCUGAUCAACUGAUUAGAACCGAGGAAGAUAACACUACUAUGGAAGUUGAUGUUCAGUAUCAUGAUGACAAUAAUGGUCAUGAUAAUAAUGGCACCACUAAUAAUGAUAUUAUUGAUGACAUUGUAGAAGAGGAGGUUGGUGAAGUUUUGAAUACAGAUGAGGGACAAAGUAUGACUUUGAAAAUUAAGAACAAUGCGAGACAACAAACACCUCCUAGUUCUCCAUCCAGAAUGACUCAAGAAUUAAGUGAAGAUGAUGAAGACACUCAUAUCGAAGAUGCAAAAGAUGAUGAAGAAGAAGAAGAUAAAACAAUUUCAGAGGCUCCAAUAAUAGCAAGAAGAAGAAGAAGGAACAAUAUUAUAGAAUCACAAUCAAAUGGUGAGGAUACAACAUUUAUUAAUGAAGAAGAAAAUUCUCAAAAUGAAGUAAUAUCUGGUAUAUUACGAGAAGAAAAAUCUGAUGUUAUAUUAACAACAGAUAUAAUUAAUCAAGAAAGUGUUUGGGUAAAUUAUAAUUUAAAAAUGUAUACUGGUUAUAUAAUUACAAAAUACUCAGAUAAUUCAAUAAUUAAUUUUUAUGAAGAAUCAUCAACUAUUAAAAAUGAAGAUUUAAAUUAUUUAGAUAUUAGAAUUGGUGAUACUUUAAAUAUUAAAACCAAAAAAUUUAAAUGUAUCGUAGUUGGAUUAUCUAAAGAAAUAACAACCAAUAAUAUAGAUAACGAUAUUAAAUGUAUUAGAGGUUAUAAUAUGGUUCACUUAAAGAGAAAAUUAAAAGGCAAGAGUAAAAAAAUUGAAGAUAAAGAAUUUGUUAUACCAUUAUCACAAUGUUGGAUGGAAUUAGAAGAUUGGAUGAUUCAUCAACAAAAAUUUCAAAUUAUAGAAAAUUCUAAAAAUUCAUCACAAACAGUACAAGCAUCAACUCAAACUUCGAAUAACCCUACUAAAUCAAUUUUUUUACCAUCAACACCUAAAAAGAUAUCAAGGCAUUCUUCAAAUCCUAAUGAUUUUUUUCCUAAAUCAUUAACUCCAUCCCCCAAAAAAUCUAAAAAAAUCGUAUCACUGAUUUUUGCUGGGUUUUUAUUUUGCAUCACAAAUAUAAAUGAUCAAAGAAAAGAAGAACUUAGAAUAAAAAUUGAAUCAAAUGGUGGGACUUACUUAGAUUGUGAUUUAUUUGAAAUUUUCCAAUAUUGUAAUCAUCAAAAUAAUGGAUUAUUUUUAAAACCUUUAAAUUUUAUAACAAAUGAUUUAAAAUUUGGUUGUUUAUUAUCUUCGAAUUAUUGUAGAAGUUCAAAAUAUUUACAAACAUUAUCAUUAAAUUGGCCAAUAUUAUCAGAUAAAUAUAUUGAUGAUGUAUUAGUUAACAACAAAUUGUUAAAUAAUUGGAAAAUUUAUGUUUUACCAUCUGGUUUUUCCAAACAUUUGAAUUGUAUUACGUCGAUGAAUUUAUACAAAUUUUAUGAGAAUUUUAUGAAAGGGUAUGGAUUAAUUGAUCAAUUGAAACUUAAUUCUAAUUUAUUAAAGGAUUAUAAUAUUUUAAAUUUAAAUAUUUCAACUACUUAUAAAACCAAUUCAAAAUUUGAAACUUGUAAAUUUAUAUUUCAUGCAUUUGGAGUUAAUUCAUUAACUAAUCUAUUAGUAAAUGAGAAUCACUUAGAAUUGAAAUCAAAAAUUCAAGAAAUCAACCAUAACAAUAAGAAAAUUUUAGUUUAUGAUUCAGGAAAUUUAAAAUUUAACUUAGUUGAUUAUUUAAUUGAAAUUUUUAAUGAUGAAUCACACCGUAAAACAAGAAAAUCUAAACGAUCUACUUCAAAAGAUUUAAAAAUUGAUAUAUAUAUUAUAGAUUGGGAAUGGGUUGUUCAAUGUGUUAUUAGUGGGUUUAUUUGGGAACCUAAUCAAAAAAUUACUGUUAGUUGUUAA